UGCCAACCAGUGCGUGAUUACAGUGUGAAUGAGCUGAUUAGUUAAAAAAUUAUAAUACCAGCAGCGAACGCGCUGAAAACGCCAUCCAUAUUCGACCAAAAUUGCACGAACCGGACGUGCAGGCUAGAGAUAGUGAAGAAUCUACGAAGAGAAAUUCAGGUUUUCUCCUGCUGCGCCAAGCUAUCCUUCCUUUUGUUUACGUGAGCCAGUGCACAGUGGUGAUGUGUUUGAAUGGUAGAUAGGAUUUCACAUUCGUUUCUGUGCAUACCAAAAUCACUGUUUCGGUUUGUAGUGUCGUCUGCCAGAAGUGAAAGUAGUUGCCAUGCACGGAAUCACGGUUCAAUGAGUGUGAUGUGGAAUAUUUCUCUCAAAGCUUAAUUUCACCACUUCUACUGCUAACCAUCUAGCAGCAAAAUAAAAAAAAACGGCCCCAUGAUUGUGUGCUGUGAUACUCUGCGACCUCCCGGAUGUGUUGAUGGUGAUUAGAGCAAAUCAUAUAAGCGCCUAAAAACGGUACGCACCGACUGGAGCAGGGAGGAGCGGUACGGGGCAACCAGCACCGCUUCCGCGUCGUAGCAACUUACGUGGCCUCAGCUGGACAGACAAACGCCGUCAAAAUUACUCCCAACGCGUCGCUACUUUCCGUCCUGGACGUGAUGGAGGAGGACGAGGAGCAUGUGUCCGACAUACGGGAGCAAAUGUUCCACAACACGAUCCGAGAGCAUAUCAUAUUUAUGUUACUCUUUCUGCUGCUUUACUUGGGAAGCUACGCACUGAUCAUUCGGUUUAGGCGCCGCGAUCGGGAAGAUUUGUUUGCAAAUGACGAGGAUGAGUUUACCGUCUAUCGAAUAAGUUUAUGGUUAUGCACCUUUUCCCUAGCGGUGGCGGUGGGUGCCGCCUUGCUGCUCCCGAUUUCGAUCGCCAGCAACGAGGUGCUGAUCCUCUACCCGAACAGUUACUAUGUCAAAUGGUUGAACAGCUCACUGAUACAGGGUCUCUGGAACUACGUGUUUCUGUUCUCCAACCUGGCGCUCUUUGUGCUGCUUCCGUUCUCCUAUCUGUUCACCGAAUCAUCCGGUUUCAGCGGCCACAAGAAGGGCAUUAUGGCGCGCGUGUACGAAACGUUCACCGUCUUCUCGCUGCUCGCAUUUAUCGUGUUCGCGACGACGUACGUCAUAUCCGCGCUGCGCGAUCCCGACCGGAACAACUUUCAGGCGCUCUUCAAUUUAGCCAAAUAUCAUCUGCCAUUCUUGUACUCGUGUGUGUCGUUCAUAGGUGUACUUUUACUGUUAGUUUGUACCCCGAUGGGUUUCGUAAGACUGUUCGGUGUGGUUGGACAGGUCCUGGUAAAGCCAAACCUUUUGCGUGAUGUCAACGAAGAGUAUCAUGUCUUCAACAUCGAGGAAGUCACCGUCAAGCGGAAGCUGGCAAACGUUAACCUUAACAUAGAACUGAGGAACGUGACGACGAUUGACCUGACGCCGGCAAAACUUUGCUCCGGACUGGAUGAUUUGUAUCAAAUCAAACCGACCGGCACCGCCAAUAACGGCAGCACCCUAGAGUCGAUCAAGCUGUUCGAAAGACUGAGAGAGUUGGAGUCUGAACGUAAAGUGCUCGAUAAGCAACGGAGCUCGUCAGCGCUACAGAGGAAUCUGGUUUAUCCGAUAGCGAUGCUGCUAUUGUUGAUUCUCACCGGCAUUACCGUGCUGUUGGUUGUGCAGAACACGCUCGAGCUGCUGAUCGGCAUCAAGGCAGUGCCGCUGAGUACGAGGCAAUUCACCCUGGGGAUAACCUCGCUCUCGAAGCUGGGUCCAUUGGGGGCCACCCUGGAGGUUUGUAUCAUCACCUACCUCGGGGUAACAUCCACCGUCGGGCUCUACACGAUGCCCUUCAUGCGCAACGUCAGACCGCAGCGGCGGAAGACUUCGCUAGCGCAGCUUAUUUCGAACUGUGCCCUGGUGCUGAUACUAAGCUCCGCGUUGCCAUUGCUAGCACGUAUAUUAGGUAUUACAAACUUCGAUCUGCUCGGCGACUUCGGUGAAAUCGAGUGGCUUGGGAACUUCAUGCUCGUGCUGCUGUACAACGUGAUCUUCGGGACGGCGGCCACGCUGUGUCUGUUCAACAAAUUCACCGCCACCGUGCGGCGUGAGCUGUGCGCCCGAUUGAGAGCUCUGUUCAACUAUAGCAGCCACCUGGAGUCUAGUAUCUAUCAGAGCGCGGGCCAGCUGAACCACCUACAUCCCCACUCAUCCACACUGCAUCCUACUGAGCAGCACUCUGGUAUCCAGGCCACGACCGUCACACCGUGGUCGACGCCAGUGCCCGGUGGUGGUCUGUCGCCACCGUUUGGCCCGGCCACUGAAAAUGGUUCCACGUUACACCAGCGGCAUCCGUUCGUGGUAACGAAUGGCGAUAAUAACGUUGGUGCAGCUACUGCUGUAAAAGGCGACCCACCGUCGUCCACCUGUAUCCUUGCGAAUGGGACGGAUGGCGUUGAUCAUAAAAAGACACGAUAAAGACACACAACUUGACAAGUUCACACAUCUUUAAGGGUGCGCACAUGCGUCUCGGGCUUUCGCACGAUGUUCACACUUCCAUGGAUGAGAUACCGAAGAAAACGACUCAUAAUGUAUUGAUGAUUAGAUUUUUCCCAUUCAUGGUUCACUUUUUGGUAACAUCAGAACUCUCAUAUAAUAGUCACUUAUGCGCAUUUUUUUAUGUGAAAUUCGCUUGUUCGAUGUGAUAUGACUUGACAUGAAGAAAAAUACUAUCCUUUAAGAUAAAGUUCAUUCGAUCCUGCGAGAUCAUUAUGUGCGUAAGAUUUAUUUUAAAUACCACUUUCAA